AGUAUUAUCUGACUCGUUUUAACACAUGUCGAACGCCAUAUUUAUUACUCUUUUUACAAGCUAAAGAGCACUAGUGGAGCGAUCUAUGGGCUUCGGCAGUUUACCAACACGACAAUGGCCGAACUGUCUGCUUCAAGAUAUUUUUUAUAGGCCAAUACGAACAAACCUGCCAUGUCUUUGGUUUUAAAAAUGGCGUAUACAAGCUUUUUGUUUGCCGGUUUACGCUGUUAAAUAGCUUCUAUGACCUCGCGGUCAAUCGAGCGAGAUUGAAACGUUGUGAAUAUGAAAAUAAUAUACAUGUGUACGUAUAUUAAUCAUCACUGUGGACCCCGUGAAGAAAUUUUAGUAGCGUUAUGGUGAAUUAGAAUGGUGCCUGUGGCUUGUCAAUCUCGCACGUCGUCAGGUUACCCGUUCGUAACGUAAAUAUUACCCAGCGAGCGUUUUGUAUUUCAGACAUGACAGCGUCGCAAAACAGUAGAUAAUGGAGAGUUCGGAAGACGAUGCGGGCGCCGCGACGAACGCUUCCCGCCGUGCAUCGGCGCGGGAAAAGGGCCUCGGGCUCAACGAGGAGGUCGACGCGACCGCCAAUGCGUCUCGCGAAGCAUCGGGGGCCCAAACGCCGUGCGAGUCCGGAACGAUGUCGGAGGAUAACUUCGACGGUGACAGCGUCCCAUCGCCAUCGACGCACGACAACAAUGCGAGCACGGAAGCGAUUUUGGACAUGAUUGACGAAAUUUGUGACGGACCUGGAGCACCGAAACGAGUUCCAUUGUCGGCUGAAUGUGACGAACCUGCAACUUCUCCUCCCACACCUGCCGCGCCGCCAGCCCCGAGUGAGCCUCCGCCGCAAGAGGCGCCCGCCAGUGAACACUUACCACAGCCCAGCAUUCCUCAACUAGAAGAAGGUGCUAGUACAUCACAGAACAUUGAAGACCCACAAAUUGAAUCUGUGGUGGCCCCUGGGUCUGGUGUCAAAUGUGAAAGUGCGCCUGAGAUCUUACCUGAAACCCCAGUAGAUAACAACAUAUCUGAAAGUUCAGUUUCUGUAGACACUAAUACUAGUAACAUAGAACCCCAGGCUAGUUCAUCUGUGCCUGAAAUAUCUGUACCUGCAGAAACAAUUGCCCCAGAGGCACAAAAUCUGAAUGUAGAGGCGGCUAGCACUUGCUCAGCUGUAAAUAUUCCUUCCAGCAGUGUAGAAACUGUACCAAGUGUUUGUGAGAUUAGUGAAUGUGAAUCAAAUGACCGGACAGUGAAGCAUGUGACUUCCAGUGACAACAGAGACAAUGUGGCUGUUGAAAGUGUGGAAUCUACAUCAAGUGAUGUUAGUGUAAGUGAAGGGACACAGGAGCCGGCAACAAGAUCACCUUUGCGUCGCAGACUUAUUCGGCCCACACCAUAUGAUCGCCGUCCGGACACUACUGUCUCCUCUACUGUUGAUUCCCAAGUUAGUGAUAAUAAUGUUGGACAGACAAGCUGUGAAAGUGUAGCAAAAGAUGUGUCUAGUUCUUCAGACAUCAUCCCCCCUGUACAUGGUAAUGUAAAAGAUGUUGAAAGUAGCAAUGUAAGUGAAAUUAGUGUCUGUAAAGCAGAGACAUCAUCAACACCUGCUAAGAAAAUCAAGUUAGUAAGACAGAAAAUUACACCGUCAACAAGUCAAAGUGAAAAAUCACAAAGUCAACCAGUUACACCUGAGAGUGAGGCUCCAUCAACUUCAUCACCUACUAUACCAUCAACGGUGACAGCUUCAUGUUCAUCAGAUUGCAUUAGUACAACUGAAUCAAUAGAUGAGGUAGAUAAAGUAGAGCCUAGCCAAGGCUGUCAAUCAGAAUCAACUGUUGAAACUAUCAAUAAAUUGACUAACAAAACUCCAGUUGUAAGUAAAGAAAAUGAACAACCAAGCCAUUCAUCAGAGGAAUUAAGACCACAGGUUAAUGAAGACACAGACAAGAGCAUAAGUCAAAAUGAGGAUGUUCAUAUGAAAGUUCCCCCUAUUAAACUUAAUUUGUCUGUAUCAAAUGUACCAGAACCUAUAAUUAAUGAUACAAACAAACAAAUUGAUAAACAUCCCUGUCCUGAACCUGCUCAGGAUUCUCCAGAGACAUCAAAGCAGAUUCCUAAAUUAACUAUAAAAUUAGGUGGAAAACAACCAGAAGAAAUAAAGUCUCCCAUCCCUAAAUUAACUAUAAAACCCAUAAAGCCACCUGCUGAAGAUGAGGUAAAAACAGAAAUCGCCAAAAGUGGCGAGCCAAUACCUAACAUUACAAAAAUCAAUAUAAAACCAAUUCUCAGACCGCCAGAGAAAAUAAAUGAUAUCCACAGAAAAUCUAGUAGUAGUGAAAUAUCUGAAUCAGAAUGUUCAGAAAAUGAUGAAACAAGCACAUCAGAUCAGGCAUCCACCUCAGAUCAGGGACCUUCUGACACCAUACCAAAAGUUACCAUAAAGCUUGGCAAACCUGGCACUGAUGGUGAGGGCAAGUUCUACACAGACCAACCUGUACCUAAGCUUACAAUAAAAGGUCUACAGCAGCCUGACCAGGAAGCCUCAGAUUCUAAACUGAAGUUAGUUGUUAGCCCGUCAGAAGAAAAAGUGGACAAAAUACCAAAAUUGACAAUAAAAACUGUGGCUAAGUCUGACAGUCAACUAAGUCCGAAACUGACAAUAAAACCAGUAAAAUCUGUAGAAAAUCCUGGCAAAGACAGCAUAGCUGACCAUUCUGAUGUUAAAAUAUCUAAAACUAAAACAACAGACUGUGCUGAUACUAGUGGAGAGAUUAAAGAGACUACACACAUCCCCAAAAUCACAAUUAAACCAGUUCUUAAAACUGAUAUUGAUCCAUCUCGAAGAAGUCAGUAUCAAAAUGACAGCCUAGAACAAAUUCCUGUAGUAACAAAAUUGAAUAUUAAACCCAUUUUGAAACCUACAGAUGGUGAAGCAUCUGAAGAAAUAAAAGAUGAAGUUCCUGUAGUUUCAAAACUAAAUAUAAAACCUAUACUAAAACCUAAGGAUAGUGAAUUUGAUUCUAGUAUAGAAGAUAUCCCUAAAGUUACUAAGUUAAAUAUAAAACCAUUAAAACAUCCUGAAGAAAAAUCUUCAGAACAAAAAGACUGUGAUGAAUGGAAUGCAGACAGUGAUGAAAAUAGUAUACCUGUUGUUACUAAACUUAAUAUUAAGCCUAUAGUUAAGCCACUAGAAGAUGAAAAUAUGAAAGAUACUGAAAACCAGUCCUCUGAAACAGGAAAUUCAAGUGACGACAAUACUGAUAUACCUGUUGUUACAAAAUUAAAUAUUAAACCUAUAUUAAAACCUGCACCCGAUGAAGAUAUUGCCAAACCAAAUACUUCAACAGAAGGUAUCAUACCUGUGGUUACUAAACUUAACAUCAAACCUAUUAUAAAACCAGAAGAAAAUUCAAACCUUUCAUCCCCUAAGAAAGAAACAACAAUUACCAAACUUAAUAUAAAGCCUGUGGUUAAACCUGAUGAAAAUGAACAAUCCAAAAGCAGAGAUAUUGAAGAUGCGAAUGUGAAGAAUCCUCCAUUAGUGAUGAAAAUCAAUAUGAAAGCUGUUACAGAUGCAUCAAGUGAUGAAAGUUUAAAGCCUGACAUGAAAAUCAAUCAUAUAGAUGACAAGAUUGAACAUGUUUUUAACAAUAUUAAUGAUACCAUACCUGUUGUGUCCAAAAUUAACAUUAAACCACUUGUCAAACCCUUAGAAGAUGAACAUGUUAAAAAUGAUUUGAGUAAUUGUCAUUUUGAGGACUCCAGUAUAACACAACCUACAGAAAAUUGCCAAGAAGUCCCAAAAACUGAAAAGUUUAAUUCAUUGCAUAAAAAAGAAACAAUACCUACCACCGCAAGAGAACAUAAAACAAAGGAAAAUUGUCUUCCUAAUGAAUCAAGUACCCUAAACAGGGAACCUCCUCAGAGUAAUGAUUUAGAUGGAAACAGUUCAGUUGCAGUAUCUAGUAAGAAAGAACAUGUAAAUACUAAUGUAGCAACAGGACAUAAUGAGCCUACUACAAACACACCAUCUGUCAAGCAGACAACUUUAUCAAAUUGUACAUUAUUAAAGAAGUUGUUAGAGCACAAAAAGAAAGAUGUAGAUACAAGAGUAAAAGAACCGGAAGAAUGUGAUCCAACUGUGCCUGAAGAAACAAAACUAACUCCAGAGGGCUCAACAAGUAUUGUGAAUUGUGAUCAAACUGAGAAAGUGAACUCAAAGCCAACUCAUGAUAAAAAAAGAAGUAAUGCACCCAUUCAUGAUUCACAAAAUGAAACACCUUCCAUUACAACAAAUGCUAAAUCCCUUAAUCGUGGUAAAGCCGAAAAUGAGAGCAUUACGAAACCUUUAGAAAUUAAUAUUUCAGAAAAAAUCACAACUCAAAGCUCAGGUCAAGAUUCUCCAAGAAUAAUCUUGAAAAUUAAUAAGACUGAUCAUGGUCCUUCUGCCAAAAUUAUAACAGAAGACAUUAAGAAACCUGAAACUGUGCAAGAUAGUAGCUCACCUGAAAAUACUCAAGAAAUGGUUAAUGACAAGCAAAGAAAAGGUAUUGUAAAUAGCAAACGAAAAGGAUUAGCUGAGACUUCACCCACAGUAGCCUUGGGAAAAAGGUUACGUAGUUCAAAAGUUGUUCAAGAAUCAGAAAUGUCUCCUCCCAUGAAGCGAAAUGCUGGGAAGAGGCCUCCUUCCGUUGAGACUAGCCCGCAACAGAAAAAGGAACCAGAACUUUCAGUAUUAGAAACGAAGCGGUUAAAGCUUGGACAAUUACUGUCUAAUAAGGCUCUGACAGUAUCCCCUGUAAAUUCGAAACCUCAGAAUGCUACUUGUGAUGCUAAAACAGGAUUGGAUUGUAAACAACCCACUAAAACGGUUAAUCAUUCUUUAUUAAACAAUGAAAACUGUUCUAAAAAUGGUAAUUCUAAGCUUCAUAAUAUCCUGUCAAAUUUACAAGCUAAGCAGAUUCAGGUCAUGCCCCUGAAUUCCCUGAACUGUGUAGAAAAAACUCAGUCUAUAGAGAUAGACUCUAGCACAUCAACCGGCAGUUCUGAUGUGACAGAAGUUAUCGCCAUCGAAAGUUCACAUCCAGUUCAAGUACAGGAAAUGAUUAUAAAUGAAAACUCCGAAUCCCACGACUUUAACAUGGCCAAUGAUGAAUUAUCUCAAGAUCCUUUAGAAGUUGAUCACUUAAAAACGAAUGAAGUAUCGAGUGCCGUAAGCGUCCCGUUUACCCCGCAACCGAAGAAGCGAGGCAGACCGCGCAAGCUGCCCGUAUCGGAGGGCGCCAAACCCGUUGUCAUUUUACCGACACCUGCGCUAGAAGAACGUCCACAACGAUCUUUAAGAUUAACUAGGGAUCGGCCGGCCAUACUGGUGAAACCUCGGGGAAGGGGAAGGGGUCGCGGCGCGAAGCGCACUCCGGCGUCGUCGCCCAAAGAACCCGAACCGAUCGUCGAAACCGCUAACAACUUUUUUAUCAAAGAGGAGAAAACCCCCGAAGAGAUCGACCCGACGAGCUCACGGGUGAAACUGCCGCGGAUGACCGAGGCGCUCGACAAAAUGCCUUCCGUUUGCAACACGCCCCUGAGCAGUCGAAAGAGUAGAGACUCCUGCGGCGGUACCGAUAUGAAAAUAUUCCCAGAAACUCAGGAGUUGAAAGUCGUGUUAGAAACGACACUGCCUAAAUUGGAAGAGUCGUUUAUGAAGUCUCCAGAGACGCCGGGGGGCGGAACGCGGGGCGGGCGCGGGCGAGGCUCGCGCGGGGGCGCGGGCGCGGCCGCCCGGACCCCGCGCGGGCGCGGCCGGGGGCGCGGGGGCGGCCGCGGCGCUAUGUACAUGAAGGAGACCAUGGGUAUUUACGGACGUGUAUGCGGACCUGCUACCACGACGGUACAAUUAUUCGAAGAGGAAACUUGUAUGAUGGAUGACAAUGCUACACCUGCUAAACCCUCACACUUGUUAGACGAAGACUCUCAGAGUUCUGUAAAAAGCUCUACAAACGAAAGUAGUAGUAAAAUGAGGAAAUCAAAGUUCGCAGACUUGUUUGACAGUAAUAAAGUUUGGACGGCUGCUGAUGUUAAAGAAUACAUGUGGCCCCCUCCAGAAAACCCAAGUGCUGAACAUCAGGUGAUGAUGGUUCAAGAGCAGGUAGCAAUGUUCCUCGGUGUGAAGAGUUUCAAGCGGCGCUACCCUGAGCUUAAGCGGCGCACCGUGGGUGGCGAAGAACGCGACUACAUCCUCCGGAAGGGCAUUGUGACUGAAGCUCUUUGCGACCUUGGUAUCACAGCAGUGGACGCCAGCGAAGUCCUAGACAUCAUGCUAUCAGACUACCCUCACAAAUACGAGGAGUACCGGUCGCACCAGCGCGAGCGGCAGAUCGCCGUCGCUCAGGAGCCCGAGAAGCCUGAAGUGAGGGUGGACCGGGUCGAGAUGAAGAUCUCGGACAAGUCCUCUGAUAAACCUGAACCGCCUAAGGUUGACCCGGAGAAGACCCGGCAGGACAUGGCGGCGGCAGCGAUAGCGUCUGCGAGCGAGUGGAACACGCGGCUCAACUCGCUCCGACGGGGCGCGUGCGCCGACCUGCAGUCCAUGACCGUGCAGCGGCGCCGCACACCCAUCAAGAAUCCCGCCACACACGUGCAGCCCCCAGCGGGCUUCUACCCGCACGCGCUGCUGCCCGGCCAGUACCAGCACACCUACAGAUACUAUACUCCGGAGCAGCUGAGAUACUUCCCGCUGAACACGGUGGUGGCCGCGCCGCCGGCGCCGCCGUCGCCGUGCGAGUCGAGCUCGGAGUCGGAGCCCGACUGGGGCUCCAACUCCGACUCCAGUGACGACAACAGCCGCCACCAGCCGCCUAAGCGAAAGAAGCUAAUGAAAGUAAAGCGGAGCAGCAGCAUGGUGGAACCUAAAGAGGAGCCCCGCGACGAGGAGCUGUGCCGCGCCUGUCACCUGCGCGAGGAGGGCAACCGCAAGUACACGCACGAGCGCUUCCUCGUCUGCGCCAACUGCAACUGCCGCCUACAUCCGCACUGCGUGGAGCUAUCCGCCGACACGAUUCGGAAGGUGCGCGAGUACGCGUGGCAGUGUCCCGAGUGCAAGACCUGCUGCGCAUGCACGCAGCCCGCCGACGACGACAAAAUGCUCUUCUGCGAUCUGUGUGAUCGCGGCUUCCAUAUCUACUGCGUCGGGCUUGAUCGAGUGCCUACUGGGCGAUGGCACUGCGUGGAGUGCGCGAUAUGCAAGUCGUGCGGCGCGCGGGACCCGCACGGGCUGACGCCGGGCGCGGCGCAGGGCUCCGCCCCCGCCCCCGGCGCGAGUACCGCGCAGGGCUCCGUGUCGGCGCCGGGCGCGGAGUGGCACCACCACACCAAGCGCGGGCCCGGCGGACACAAGCUCUACUCGCAUUCGCUCUGCACGCCCUGCGCCAGGGCGUAUCGCAUCGGUCGCUACUGCCCGCUGUGCGACCGCUCCUUCAUCGGUCCCAAGGGGACCAUGCAACUCGUCAUAUGUAAGCUCUGCGAUAGACAGCUGCACCAAGACUGCGUUAGGCAGACGGUGGCGGCGCUGAACGUGCUGGACUACACGUGCGGCGAGUGCCGGCGCGCGGGCAUCUCGUCGCGCUCGGCGGCCGCGCGCCUGGCGCCGCGCACCAUCGCCACGCUGUUCAUGGCCAAGCGCCGCUUCAACAAGUACGCGCACCGCCAGUACCUGGCGUCGCGCGCGCGCGAGGCCGGCGCCGACGCCGACGCCGACGCCGAGCCCGACGCCGCGCCCGACCUCAGCUCCGACCCCGACGACCCGCAGCCCUUCGAGGACUGACCGGCACCGCCGCGCCCCGUAUAGAACUGUGUAUAGUGCCGUCUGUGUACGACUCGUUCGCUUCGCGCGUAAAUCUGAUUAACGUAAAAAUUAACUAGUAGGCUACGUAUGUUUAAGUUAUCGGAUAGUGGAGAGAUCCCGACGAGGGUCGACCGACUUUAUUUUUCGCGAUCUUCGCGGCCGAGCGACCGGCCCGCCGCGGCGGUCGCGUCAUCCCUAGUGGGCGUAGACGGAUUAAUUUAACAGAGGUUAAACAUGAAGUGGUUAGAUAGAUGUAGGUCGCAGAUAAACUAACGUGUAAACUGUACAGUAAUACUAACUUCACUAUAAUGGGUAGCUGGGCAAUCAUACUAUUUUUAAUAUUAAUAGUUUUGUUUUGGAAGUAUCCUGUAAGAGUAAACCGUGUGAACGAAUGCUCGGGUAAAGAGGCUGUCGAAACAAACAUAACUUCGUUCAUACUACGACUGCUUGGGAGAUAGAGGACGAACUGACACCGGUUUCUUUUCACGAGCACCGUUUCCAGUCAGAGAAUUGUUAUGUGGGAGAGAAGAUUCUGAGUGCUGCUGUUUCGUUAUGAUUAUUACGAAUUUGUUUAUAACUAUUGUAGCACUAACAUGAUAAUUUUGUAUGAGCUAUAUUUGCAUAAAAUUGACAAUUAGGUUGUAUUCUCGACGAUUGUUUUUUUACUUGGAGAUAAUAAACAAUUAUGAUAGAAACGUCUGCCUUUUGAUGCAUUUGAGUUUUGUUUCUAUGAAUUGUUUUCCCCAUUUUUGUUUUCGAAUAUCGGCUGAACGCUGUGAAAGAAAUGAUCUAAUCAAGACAGUCCGCAUUUUAUGUUUUGAUGAUAUAGAUUAACUUAGUUAUUGUUAAUUCUCCUUUGUAAGGUAUUUAUUUUAGUUUUAUAUGGAUACAACUGUAUACAAUUUUGUGUCCUCUGUAUUUGAGAAAUGUAAAAUAUAUUACAAAAGUGAGAUAUGCCCGGAAAUCAUUGGAUGCCGGUAGGAGUCCAGUGAAGCUUAUAUACUUAUGAAAUAUUGAAUACGAGGGUGAGUUCCCCCUAUAUUACGCAGAAUCAUUCAAUUAAUUAAGGUAUUGUUGAUUAAAAGCACGAAAUAUAGUUAAAUAAGAUUUUGUUUCUGUAGUUUAAUUACUCGAAUGAAAUUCAGCAGCUUUCCAAUGUCAUUUCUUCUAUACUUAAUUUCAAAGUACAAACCAUUAGGCUAUUUUGUGUUCUAAUUUACCUACUCAUCGUUCUGGAAACUUUAUCAACCCAAUUUUUUAUAUAGAUUAUUAAUAGAAAGAUCAAAUAAAUUAUUUAAACUCAGAGUAUAUGUUUAUUUUCAUUACGAAGAAAAUUAUUUAUUGUACGGUGUUAUAAAGAUAGUAUUAAAUAAAAUAUAGCCGAAUUGGAUGGUAUAUGUUUCCAGAUCGAGUGGAAGCUGAUGCAUUAUGUGUGCCGCCGAGUAGUCCGCGCCUUAUACGUACGCUCGCUGUACUUACGAUUCUGCGCUGUCGUCUUUUAACCACUGCUGUGUGCAAUUGUCCCGUAUGUUGUGUAUUAUACUUGUAUUAGAACUCUGUAAGUGCAGUAUCAGUAACGUUCAUCAAACUGAUGACCUCUAAUGUAUCAUGUUUAGUUAUAGUUAUCCUUCGGUUAUUAUUAAUCAUAGUUUACUUAGUAUCAAUUUUUAAGACAAAAUUUAUGUCCACAGAUUUAUUUCAACGAAUCAUGUUAUGACUUUUUAUAUUAAAUAUAUACUGGUUUGGGUGUGCCUGUGUGUCACACACCUCUGAUUCGUAUUGCUUUAUUGACACAGGUGAAUUAAGACUUACUUCUAAGAGAAUAUUGAUAACUUUAUGUCUACUUAAUGCAAGUGUAACGUUCUAGAAAUCUCGCACUGUUCGGUCAAUUUUGUAAAAAAAUAAAAUAAAUUUAAUUUGA